AUGCCAGUGGAUCGAACCCCGAAAGGUAAGCCUGCUGCUAAGGAAGCAGUUGAGGGCACAGGCAAGGAGAAGCAGCACGACGAGUCAGCAAUAUUCGAAGGAUUUGCAGAAUGGGAAAUCAGUGCUGAUUCCGAAACCGUGAAGGAAAUAACGUCGCUUUCCCGCCAGCGAGACCAGGUCACCAUGAAAGUAGUGCGUGUGCAAAGGGCGCUUGUUGCCGCUCGAAACUUGGUGAGCCUCUCACAACUCAGGACGUACAUGAAGAAUAUCGAUGUGGCCUACAACGAAUACAGCGCAGUGCAUAGCAAACUGGUUGCUAUCAUUCCCCAAGAAAGUUUUCAACAGCAGGAGGAAGUUUAUGUCGCAUUUGAAGACCGAUACAACUUCGUCCGCACGACCAUCGAUGAGCUAAUCAUGGCACACGAAAAUGCCAGUGUUCGUUCUCAAGCCCCGCAACAACAAAUCAUCGUCCAACAGCAACCGUUGAAGGCUCCAAUUCCAACCUUCGAUGGUGAUUAUGCCAACUGGCCGAAGUUCAAGGCCAUAUUCCAAGACUUGAUGGCCAACUCAGGAGACUCGAACGCGAUCAAGCUGUAUCAUCUGGACAAGGCUCUGGUUGGUGCAGCAACAGGUGCUCUGGAUGCCAAAGUAAUCAGCGAAGGUAAUUACCAGCAAGCGUGGACCAUUCUCACCGAUCGCUAUGAAAACAAAAGGAUCAUAGUCGAGACGCACGUUCGUGGUCUGUUCAACUUGCAAGGAAUGUCAUCCGGAUCCCACAAGGAGGUGCGACGUCUGCUCGAUGAGUGCACCCGCCACGUCGAGAGCCUGAAGUAUCUUGAACAGGAAUUCCUCGGUAUUUCCGAUUUGUUUCUGGUUCAUAUGCUGACGACCGCCAUGGACAACACGACCAGGAUGGCAUGGGAAGGCACACAGAAGAAGGGCGUGCUACCCAAGUAUGCGCAAACCAUUACGUUCCUGCAAUCGAGAUGUGAAAUGUUGGAGAACUGCGAAACAGCUUUCCAGAAGGUUAAUGCGCAGCCCGCUUCCAAAUCGACCCCGAAGGUACAAGCAUUCCAACCGAAAGCAAGCAACCCGAAGGUCCAUGCCGCCGCAACCACACCAAUCAGCAAGGAGGUUUGUGAUUUCUGCCAAGGUGCACAUCGCAACUACCAAUGCAAUGCGCUUGGUAACAUGUCCUUUGACAAACGUAUGGAGAAGGUACGCACAACUGGUGUGUGUUUCAACUGUCUGCGCAAGGGGCACAGCUCCAAGGAGUGUUCAUCACCGAGGUGCUGCCAAAAGUGUCAGAAACGGCAUCAUACACAACUCCACAACGACGAGGUAAACCGAGAACCGAAAGCCAACGUGUCCGUUUCGAAAGAAGAGUCCCGCACAGUUCAACCGAACAGCACGGUAGCAAACCCGCCAUCCGGAAGAGAUAUACCGAGCACAUCCUGCUCGUGUAACUACGCCGAUUCCACGAAAACUGUGUUCCUGCUGACAGCGGUUGUCAACGUGCUGGACGAAAACAAUCAACUGCAUUCAUGCCGAGUACUGCUAGAUAGCGGCUCUCAGAAGCAUCGUGUCAACGUUCCAAUCUGUGGCAUCAACGACGUCAGGACUGUAGCCCACGACAAGGUGAUGGUCAACAUCCGAUCUCGACUCACCGACUUCCAAGCACACGUGGAGUGUUUUGGUUACGCCCAAUCCGAUCCGGAAUUCUACAAACCGGACAAGAUCGAUAUGCUUCUUGGUGCAGAGUUAUUCUUCAAGUUGAUGCGACCAGGACAUAUCAAACUCGACGACAGCCUUCCCGAUCUCCGUGAAACCUGCCUUGGAUGGGUUUUAGGCGGUGUAUUCACUAACACGAUCCACGCCAAUCAACCACAACAUUCGCUCAUCGUAUCGUUGGAUGACAUCGAGGAAUCCAUUCAACGAUUUUGGAGGCUCGAAGAGGUGCCAGAUUCGAGUCCUCUGACGAAGGAAGAACAGGAGUGUGAAGCCCAUUUCGUCGCCACCCACCAGCGUGAUGAAAAUGGACGAUACCAAGUGAGGCUACCGUUCAAGGAUAACGUGCACGACCUUAGUGACUGCCGAGCGGUUGCUUUGAAGCGAUUCCAGAUGCUGCAGAGGAGGCUGCAGCGGAACCCCGAUUUGAAAGAGGAGUAUGUUCAGUUCAUGCGUGAGUAUGAAGAGCUGGGACACUGCCACGAAGUACGAGAAGAAGACGAUCCACCGCACCAGCAAAACUACUACCUGCCGCACCAUGCGGUACUUCGCCCAUCAAGUUCGACCACCAAGUGCAGGGUGGUAUUUGAUGCCAGCGCCAAACCAACAGUGAACAACCGUUCACUCAAUGAGGUUCUACAAGUGGGUGCAGUGGUACAGAAAGAACUCUAUGACGUCAUACUCAGGUUCUGCAAGUACCCAGUUGCAUUCACAGCCGACGUGCCGAAGAUGUAUCGACAAAUCAAGAUGCAUCCAAGGGACACACACUAUCUCCGUGUUUUUUGGUGUGAGCAGCCGUCAGAGCCACUCCGAGUCUUGGAGCUCACGACGGUUACAUAUGGAACAGCAUCGGCUCCGUUCCAAGCUACCAGGUGCUUGCAGCAGCUCGCCGAUGAUGAAUCAACCGAUUUUCCGAUCGGUGCGCAAAUCGCCAAGGAGGAUUUUUACGUCGACGAUGCACUUUCCGGUGCAAAUUCACUUCCGGAGGCCCUAGAAGCAGCAAGGCAGCUGGAAGGCUUACUGAAGAGAGGAGGGUUUUCGCUGCACAAGUGGUGUUCCAACUCAAAAGAGUUUUUGGACCACAUUCCAAACGAUCGACUGGAACAGCCCGUUCCAUUGGGAGAAUACGGACCAAAUGGAGUCAUCAAAGUGCUAGGCUUGCUUUGGGAUCCAAAAGCCGAUCAUUUCCUCAUCGCAAGGCCGCCACAAUGUGAUUUGAAUCAACGAUCAACGAAGCGUAUCAUCUACUCCGAGGUGGCCAAGCUCUUUGACCCGUUAGGACUUGUGUCACCAGUGAUUGUCGUCGCCAAGCUACUAGUGCAACAGCUGUGGAAGCACAAGAUUGGCUGGGAUGUGCCCGUCAACGACUCGAUACAGGAGCGAUGGGUUGAAUUUGCAAAUACCUUGCCAGCACUCGACAAAAUCGCCAUACCAAGAAGAGUUACGUUCCACGACGCCGUGUCCUACGAAAUCCACGGUUUUGCCGACGCAUCAUCAUUGGCGUAUGGUGCAUGUGUUUAUGUUCGAAGCCUGUUCUCCAACGGUUCCGCCAAGAUGAAGUUGCUGAGUAGCAAGUCCAAGGUUGCUCCGCUACAUGACCUUUCAACGCCUCGAAAGGAAUUGUGUGCCGCAUUGCUACUAACUCGACUCAUUCAGAGGAUUAUCCCAGCCAUGCAAAUGGAAUUCCGUGACGUGGUCCUCUGGUCGGACAGUCAAAUCGUUCUGGCGUGGAUGAAACGAUCAGCCGAUCGCCUCAAGAUUUUUGUCCGAAACCGAAUUCAUGAAAUCAAUACCUCCACUGCAGGAUAUCGCUGGUGCUACAUCCGAUCUGGUGAUAAUCCAGCAGACAUCGUGUCCAGAGGUCAGCUACCAAACGAUUUGCGCAGAAACAAUCUUUGGUGGACCGGACCAAGUUUCCUCACGAAACUCGAGUACGACGAAGAGGAGUUAGUCGAUAUCCCCGACCAACAGCUUCCCGAAAUGACAAGCACCGAAAUUGUCACUUCGGCUGUGGUGGAACAGUUUCCACUGUUUUCCCGCUUCAGUGACUUCAGGAAGAUCGAACGCAUCAUGGCAUUGGUACUUCGAUUCAUCGCCAACAUCCGCACCAAGAACAGGUCACAACGUAUCUUCAACCGGUACGUUACUAUUUCCGAACUCCGUCGAUCGAAUUUCACCAUUAUGAGGAUGGUUCAAGAGUCAGAGCUAGGUGACGAAAUACGUCGUGUCCAAACCAACAAACCGUGCCGCAAGCUAGGAGGCUUGAAUCCAGUGUUCGUCGAUGGAUUGCUUCGAGUUGGUGGUCGCCUGCAACAUUCGAAUCUACGAGCCGAGACGAAGAAUCCGAUUAUCCUUCCGAACAGACAUCCACUUACGAAGCAGCUAAUCCGCACAAUUCACAUCGAGCAUUUGCACCUUGGGCAAAAUGGCCUGAUUGCUGCUAUGCGCCAGAGGUAUUGGUUGCUGAGCGCCCGUUCAACCAUCCGGCAAGUGACCCGCAAUUGUGUAAGAUGUUUCCGCACAAAUCCAAAUAUGUCAACGCAGCUGAUGGGCAAUCUUCCUCAACCGAGGAUAAAUCCAGCACCUCCGUUUGCAGUGACUGGUGUCGACUACGCCGGCCCAUUUUGGAUCAAGAUGGGAAAUUACCGAUCCAGGCUCAUCAAGGCUUACGUGGCAGUAUUUGUUUGCAUGGUAACAAAAGCAGUGCAUCUCGAGGUCGUGUCUGAUCUCACAUCCGACGCCUUCUUAGCUGCGCUACAACGGUUCAUCAGCCGAAGAGGAAUGGUGCAACAGUUGCAUUCUGACAAUGCCACCAACUUCCGAGGAGCACAACACGAGUUGCACCAGCUAUAUCAACAGUUCCAGGAUCAGCAGUUCACAGGACGUAUCCAGUCCUUCUGUCAGCCAAAAGAGAUCGAGCGGCAUUUCAUACCGCCGAACGCACCCGAGUUCGGUGGCUUGUGGGAGGCCGCUGUAAAAUCGACAAAGAGACAUUUGGUCAGAGUGGUUGGCUAUUCCAAAUUGUCAUUUGAAGAGCUAACAACCAUACUCACCGAAAUCGAAGCAGUUCUCAACUCUAGGCCACUGUUUUCGAUUUCUUCCGAGCCAGCCGACAUAGAGGUAAUUACGCCAGCUCAUUACUUGAUUGGUAGACCACUUACAGCCGUUCCGGAACCAUCCCUUGAAGACAUCCAAAUUAAUCGUCUGAAAAGAUGGCAACAUCUACAGAAGAUGCGUGAGGAUUUUUGGAAGUCUUGGUCCAGAGAUUAUUUGUGCAGCCUUCAACCGAGGUCAAAGAAUACCAAGACGACAUCCAACCUUCGCCCAGGAAUGGUAGUUCUACUGGAGGACAAAAAUCAACCACCGCUUAACUGGAAGCUAGGCCGCAUCAUGCAGGUAUUCCCAGGGCCAGAUGGAUUGGUCCGAGCCAUCGAUGUGUCGUCUAACGGAGUUACCUACCGACGACCGAUCAACCGGAUCGCAGUUUUGCCGAUUGAGGACAACGAGCCACCAACCCUGAGUGAUGUUGAAUCUACGAGUCAACCGGGCGGAGUAUGUUCCGUGCGAAACAAGCUAUAG